AUGGCUUCUCAGGCCCCAGGAUUGUCACCUGUUCCUUUGGUAGCCAUUCAGCGAAUCUUGGAAAACAUUAAAUCGAAUUUUCUCACCCCUAAAAGCUUCCUUGAAGCUUACCUCCUGUCAAAAGCAAAAGAUCUGGUGAUAGUGAGGGCUCAAAAUGCAUGGUCCUCAACAAACAAUCUCGAGUCCUCCGGAAGGGUACUUGAUGCAAUACGAGCUAAUAUUGUCAAGACGAAGGACGGGCGUGUCUAUUGGAACCAAUACAUCUUGUCCCAGGCAGUUAUGUUGGUCCAGAACCAGCAUCCACCAUCCGGAAAGGUGCCAAACGGGUUUUACAUUGCUACCUCUGAAGUGACUCCUUCUAUGUUUGAUCACCAAGUCUUAAACAAGCAAAACGAUGCAAUUGAAAGCUCGAUGCCAUUUCUAUUCAAUCUAAUCAAAUCGGCUUUCGAUUACAGUCACCUCAUCCGACUGCGGGAUAAUAAGAUACGCGAUGAGCGUCGCGAGCGAAAGAAGUCCUCCGGAAAGACACACCUUCCGGCGGUGUUGCCUUUGGAACACAUCAUUUCACCUAGAACAACCUCUUCGAGUUCUAUGAUUGAUUCGUACAACACAUCACCAAACUUACAAUUAGGUCUGAAAGCAAUCAGACAUAAGGAUUCAAUGAUUAUCGAUGAAUCAGAAUGUUCGCCUACUUUGCCUUCAGCACUCAAUCAAAAUAACAGAUUAGAAUUAAAUAUUGAUGAUUCAACCGAAGGAUCUCCAAACACACAACAUUCUGGUCAACAGAAUCUAGAAUUAGAUAGAGAUAUUAUUGAUUCGUCUCAAGAAUUGUCAAACUCACAAUCCACUCUGAACUCUGCUACCAAUCAAAAUAUCAACUUGGAAUUGGAUUCUGAUUCAGAUAAAGCUGUGGAUCCUGAUCCACUCGGAGUCUCAGAUGUAGGUGUCACUGGAGCUUUAAGAGAGGAUGAUCAAUACGUCGAGAAUUGGGAAGGUUAUGUGUACCGCAAAUCCAAGGAUCACUCGGAGAAUGUCAACACUCGACAUAAGUCGGUGGCGCGUACUAUCUGUAAUGUGGUUGCUAACAUCUGCAAUCGGCGUGUGAACGCACUUCAGGUUGAAAAUGGUCUUACCAUGCUUGCAUGUGGCGUUUCUGAACGAGUCAACGCAUAUUUGAACUACAUAGGCCUUGCAGUCAAUCGAAAGACAGCUAUACGCGCUUUACGUCACAUAGGAGAGGAAUUGAGGAAAAACAUUAUCGCUUUCAUGGGAGAAGAAACUUGGCUAGCUCCCUUUAUCACCCUCGACAACAUUGAUUUCCAAGAACACAUCCAUACCACAUCUGUAGAGAAGGAGAGUACUAUGUGGCAUGGCUCUUGGGGCUACAUACAUCGACCGAAGAUCCCUGAAGGUAUCUCCAUCAGUCCUGAAGCUUUCACUUCAGAAAAGCUGAAAGCCAUCCUAAACAACGCCAGCCAAAACGAAAUUAAUCUCUCAAACAUCUUACCAUCACCUACCGAAGUGCAAGAUUGGGAACUUACCUUGAAGUCUCAAAUCGCACAAGUAAUGGUUAGAUACAUAGCUGAACCUAUCGAUACGAGCAAGAUCCCAUACCGACACCCGCCUCCAGUCCAAGAACUUCCAGCUGAAAAACCCGAUAUCAUGAUGCUCAAGAUGAUGUCGGCUUCCGAUAACUCGACUGCAGGCGUAGGCGAGUUAUACAAUGCUGUAUUGCAACAGACCGGUUUAUCUCGAGAAAAGUUUUCCAGCUGUGCCCAAGUCUGGGAAGGUGACUUAGGAACCGCAAGAAUCGUUUUGAGUGUUGUCGAGGAACGAGAUCCGUGCUCAAGCCCUCCGGAAAGCUUCCAACAUAUACUAAUGAUACUUGGUGCAGCUCAUGUUCUUUGGAACAUCUCUCAAGCAAUCCUUCUUGGGCACUGGGGGACACAUCUUGAUCAAAAAGAUAUGGGCGCUUGGAGAGGAAUCGAAGCACUUGGAGGUCGCUAUGACAAGCCAACCAGCAAGAAAGAUUUUACUGCCAUGAUCAAAUCAAUGGAACGCCUCCACGAAGGCUCGAUUACCCUGUGCAUCCAGCGAGUCAUGCAACUUGAUGUUGAGACCGUAGGAAAAGAUCGAGUGAAAUUGACUGCCGAUAAAAUGAAGACAGGUACUGGAACAUCAAUUAAGCGUCUUCAAGAUCUCUAUUCCAUCAAUGUUCCCUUACUUCAAGAAUUUCUCCAUCGCCUUAAGGGACGUUCAGGAUUAAAUGAUGUGUAUCAGUCCCACCACAACCUCAUCAAUCACUCGUCUAUGAGGACUUUCCUUAGGAUGGCUCACCAACACGACCUUGCUAAGUGUACCCCAGCUUCAACCCUGCCUAAAGGUAGGCCAGCUGAUACGUAUGCUGGUGGUCUCAAGAAGUUGCGUGCGUUUGCACGCGAAGGAAAACUUGCCAAGUUUCAUUGGCCAACUGCAGGCGGUUCUCAUCCUCAAGAAGAUGAAGUGGUUGAUAGUAGUGGAAACGAGUCAAACUCAGACUAA